GACAGCACAAGCCGUCCGGAACCUUUCCGUCCCGGACUGAACGUAGCCUCUACAGCCCGGCAGACGGUCCGUUUCUUCCAUGGAACCGAGCACAGAGUGAGCUGAGGCGCCGCCAUGAACGACCGGUACCACCGGGCGGCCCGGGACGGCUACCUGGACGUGCUGAAGGAGGCCACACGGAAGGAGCUGAACGCCCCGGACGAGGAUGGGAUGACGCCGACCUUAUGGGCCGCUUACCACGGCAACCUGGAGGCGCUCCGGCUCAUCGUGGGCAGAGGAGGUGACCCGGACAAAUGUGACAUCUGGGGGAACACGCCACUUCACCUGGCAGCUGCCAACGGCCACCACAACUGCCUCUCCUUCCUGGUGGCUUUCGGUGCCAACGUGUGGUGUCUGGACAACGACUACCACACACCGCUGGACAUGGCCGCCACCAAGGGCCACAUGGACUGCGUCCGCUACCUUGACUCCAUCGCCGCCAAGCAGAUCACCCUCAACUCAAAGCUGGUGAGCAAGCUCAAGGACCAGGCGUUUCGUGCCGCAGAGCGACGGAUCAAAGACUGCGAGAAGCUCCAAAAGAGGCACCGUGAACAAAUGGAGAGGAAGUUUACAAAAGAGUCGACGGCUUUCGACAACCUGGAUGCUAUUAGCUUUUCCAGCUACACCAGCAGCAGCACACUGAGCCGCAAGUUCAACACUGUCAUGUCCAACAUGCCAUACUCGCAGGCCACUCUGUAUUCGACAGCCAAGGGCAAAGCCAAGAUACAGAAGAAGCUAGACAAGAAGAAACAGGUUGAUGGAACGUUCAAGAUCUACGAGGACGGGAGGAAAAGUGUGCGUUCGCUGUCUGGCCUGCAGCUCGGCAACGACGUCAUGUUCCUCAAACAAGGUACCUAUGCCAACCCGAAGGAGCGGUCCCGCCUCAACAUCCGAGACAUGUUCCCCCGGGAAAAUGAUGAUGACGUUGAGGCCGUCUCCCGUGCCAUGAGCGACCCGGGCCUCUAUGAAGCUGCUUACUCAGAGAUCAGCACUGACUCCGGGCGUGAUUCCCUGUUCACCCGACCGGGGCUCGGCACCAUGGUGUUCAGGAGGAACUAUAUGAGCGGAGGCGUGUUUGGGAUCGGGGGUCGGGAUGAAGGAAGUGUUGUAGGGAGUGAACCUGUGGGACGAGCACCUAACGUCCGUUUGCGUGGACAGCUUCCUCGACGCUCCCCCAGCUUUGAUGAGGAUAGUAUUGGCAGCGCUUUGAGUCUGCAGGAAAGAAACCUGCAGGAGCUGCCCUGGGAUGAGGCAGACGUCGGCUUGGAUGAGGACAUGGAGCCUGAGAACAAUCCUCUAGAGACCUUUCUGGCCUCUCAGAGCCUCAGUGAGUUCAUGCCCAUCCUCAGGAGGGAGAAGAUCGACCUGGAUGCUCUGUUGCUUUGUUCAGAUCAGGACCUCACCAGCAUUCACAUACCUUUAGGUCCCAGAAAAAAGCUACUAGAUGCCUGCAAGAGACGUCUGGACACUUUGGAAGAACCGGAGGCCAUUGAAGACACUGACCUUUGACCUCAGUUUUCAUGUACUGUUUUAUUGGAGAAGCACCACUCUUCUGCUUUUUACCUGCCUUUAGAUCACUGUUAUUUGGGCUGAAUGACAGCUGGGACAUGGAACAGAAUGUGGACUGCCUUUAUUUAUUAGCAAAUUAAGCUAACAAUGCCAUCCAUCCAUCCAAUAUGUUCCACUCGUCCAGGGUCGGCUCGCGGGGGCAG